AUGGAUGAGCGUAAAAUUGAAAAGUCAUUGCAUGGUGACCAGAUGACUUUCAAAGCUUUUCAAGUUCCAAUAAUUCUGAGAAAGAAAUUGUUAGUGAUUUUUGAUAAAUUGCUACGUGUUAAUGAAACUGGUUCGACUACUUCAUUAUUCUUCAUUCGACUCAGUGGACUUCUUCCAUUAAGAUCUCUUGUAGAGUUCUUAGCAUGA